AUGGCGAGCUUGGUCGAGAAUGAGGGUGCCACUUCUGGCAACAAACUCGAGCCUCUUCAGUUUGAAAAACAAGACAGCAGCGCCAAGCGAAUUCGGGAUGCUAUCCAGGCAGGCUCUGAGGAUAUUAUCGGCGAACUCUUGAACAAACACCCUAGAAAUAUUGAAGAACUGGACUCGGAAGGCCGCACACUUUUGCAUAUCGCCGUCGAAAAUAACAAGCCGUUCAUCAUUCCCCUGCUCCUAGACCAUGGCGCCAACAUCGAGGGGCACGAUGGCGACGGCAGGACUGUCCUUCACCGAGCCGCUAUGCAAGGAACAGUCAACGUCACUCGCAUACUGCUGGAACGCGGAGCCAACGUUGAAGCCGUUUCCAAAAAGGCGAGAAACCGUUAUGGCUUGCGCACUACAGCCCUGUACGAAGCUGUGCGACGCAGUGAUAUUACUCUGACGCAACUGCUACUCGACAACGGCGCGGAUGCCGAUGCCACGCCCGGCGCGACAGACCAGCAGCAACCACGAAUUCCCUUGCCGCUUAGAGGUGGCGGACGGCUUCCAGGCAUCCUGGGAGAAUGGGCCAACGCUCCCCGUGCCCUUCCACCCCCACGUGAUGAUCCGUUUAAGAUGGCUGCCUGUCAAAUCUUCGACGUAACCAUGAUGGAGUUCCAUCUAUAUGGCCAUGAGAAUGAGAAGCGCUACUCUAAGUCCGCCUCCAUAUACGAGCUUCUCUAUGGAAUUGGGCCUCAGGCUACCCGUGAAUCAGAAAGACCAAAGGAGCUAAUGGGCCGGAGACCUGACUUCACGUGGUACCACAUCCCUGCUAAUAACGAGGAGGUUGAAGAGAUUGGAACAUUUCAGACACCAGAACUGUCCCUGGCAUCAUUCACCACAGUCCAAGAGUGGUCCUACCCCGACACAGCCUGA